AUGGCGGCAGACCCACAUCUUCUGAUUCCUCCCGGGAUUCGUUCCCAGCUCCUACCUGCUGACAAGAUCUCUGUAUGGUCUCUGGUUGACUUCGAUAUUCCCCCAGUGUCUCGAUCAUGCCAACUGCCUGUCGAAGCCUUCAUGUGUCACGAAGAAGCUGCUGUCACCUCCGUGGAGAUCAUUCGAUCCAUUCUCCCGCCUCCAGACAAUGUCGUCAGCGCGAUCUGUCAACACAUCAUCAAGGGCAUCCUCAAUGGCGUGGACAUUGCACCGACCAUUCAGUGUGUCCAUCUCGGGCCAGACAGAGAGGUUGUUCCGCUAUGGAUUACCUCAUAUUGGAUGGACCUUACCGAUGUACGAAAAUCACACAGUCGAUGGUCUCGCGCCAAACUCGUUAUUACGACAGCUCUUCGGAAGUCCACUGUGACUUUGCGGCCUGAUUCUCGAGCUCCGCUCUCACGUCAAAUUUUUGAUCUGCUAUCUUUGGUGUCUUGGACGGAAAAUACGCGCGGUUUUGAGAAUUCAGGCCCCAUUCUGGAACUAUCCUGGUAUAUUGGCCGGUCCUGGUUCACAGAUGCGCAGGAAGGGCACAUGUUGGAGCUUCUACGGGCCGAUCUGCUCGGCACUGGAUCUGUCUUCGAGGACGAGAUCUGCGACGUCUGGAUGAUCAACAAGAUCCGCGAUGGCUUCCAGAACUCUGAUGCAUAUGGAUCCACUCGCGCGCUCUCAGGCAGCGCGCAUCAAUUGGGGCAGGUUCUCUCAUCCGGGGAGCGUCACCGAGUGGGGAUGAUUAUCAAUCUCAGCAACACUCAUUGGGUUGCGUGUGUCGUUGAUGCGUGCAAAGAUGUGAUUCUAUAUGGGGAUUCAUUGCAGAACGGAAAGUCUCAUGGUCCUCGGCCCGAGGAGAAGAGUGUUCUCUCGUGGUGGACAAAGUUUCACACUGGCCGUGAUUUUGAAUGGGGCAGGUUGGAUACAGCAAGGCAGGAGGACGGAUACAACUGUGGCCUCUUUGCCAUCAACGCGCUCAGCCAUUUUUUCUUCCCCCACAAAUAUGAUCUUCUCUCGUCGAACACAAGCUCUGGAGAUAUUGCACGGCUGGAAAUGCUCAAAAAAAUUCUAAACAAGCACAUGAAUAUCUUACCCGAUUCAAUCUCCUUGACUGUGCGGAACACGCUCGAGGAUCUCCCCUCGAUGUUUGACGCGAAUGACAAGCAGAUAACAACGGAAUGGUAUGGAUCCAACUCCGAGUCGACGUCAUCAAAUUCUUCGAUCUUCCCGCUCAUUCCCAAUGAUUCUGAGCUCCUGCCUGAGCCGAUUGCGGAUCAGGAUUGGCGUUUUGAUAGCCCUGCACCCCCCAGUCCAUCUACAAUGUCUGUGGACUCAUUUCCCUCAGCUGCUGACGACAGCAUGCCUGAGGUCGAGUGGGAAGACAUGCCUCUAAAUGUCGCAUUUGAUGAUCACAAAUCACCUGUUCAGCAAUCAAAGCUGGUGCGAAAGCCGGCGUUGAAGAGACUUCUGUCUUCUCCGCCAUCGAGUCCCGAACAGAAGCGAGCCAAGGCUGUGAAAAUCCCGAAGUUCUCCACAGAGAAGGUCAGGGUUGUUUCGAAUAUUCGAGAGGGGUUGGAGAGCGAGGAAAAGACCGGUAUUGUGAGGUUUUAUGCGAAGAAAGCGACACAGGAGGAUCAAGAUCGCGCUCUCCAGCAGUGGAAGGAAGGGCGCAUAGAAACGUUCACACAAGGGCAGGGGUUCUCCGGCCACCCUGAUCGUGUUCUUGCUGAGAAAGCGGAGCGAGAACGGGCUGGUGCUCGGCUUCGACAACAGAAGCAUCGAGACUCUCUCAAGUUGCACGAGAUUCGAUCUGGUGUCCGCUCUCCUGGUGGAACCAAAGUCAAGGUCUCUUCCACUUCUGUCGCUUUUUGUCAAUCUCAUGGAUCAACGUCCCUCUGCCAACAACUUGUCAUCAGUCCUGAUGAUCUUGCUGAGGCAACUCGACCUGGUCGCGCUGCUGCUAAGCGAUCGACUAAUUCCAGUCGGAAUCCAAAGAAGGGUAGCCAGAGGGCGAAACCUAAGCCCAAAUCUCAGUAUAAAAAUUGGCUGAAUCCUCUGUUCUGGCCAAAGAUUGAAGCAGCGUCCCAACAUCCUUCUGUGGGGCCUAACUGGAGUGCCUCAGCAAUCGUCGCUGUCCUGAAGCAAGAUGUUCUGUUUUCAUCGCUAUCAAGAACUACUGUGAACGGCUGGAUUGAUAGGAGCGGUCCCAAGCCGUGCUGGUCCGAGAAAACGCUUGUGCGCGUUGGUCACGGCUUUUUUCAGGGACACCCCAACGGUGGUCAACGAGGGGUUCUUUCACAUCAUCCCGAAGUGGUCGAUACUGUGGUUACACAGCUCCGACUUUUGCGGGAGUCAGGAGCUCAGAUCACUGUUGUGACUGUCCAUGCAAUCAUGAUCGCAGCAAUUUUGUUGGGCGCUCCGGAGAUCUUCCAGAAGGAAUUCAAGGAUGGCUCUCAUUUUGUCGCAUCUGAGUCCUUCAUCCGCCGAUGGCUGCAUUCCACCAUGAAUUGGUCUGUCCGUCAAUCCACUAACGCAGCGCAGAAACUCCCUCGUGACUGGCAGAGUCUUUGCGAGAAGUUCGCGCUCCGUCUUGCAUGGAUGAUCAAAGAACAUGAUAUUCCUGCCGCACUCAUUGUGAACUCGGACCAGACUCAGGUCAUCUAUGCGUCUGGAGCGGGUUUCACGUGGGCAGAUACUGGAGCGAAGCAGGUUUCCGUUGUUGGACAGGAAGAGAAACGAGCAUUUACUGCGCUCCUCGGUAUCACUGCUGACGGAAAUGCGGUUGGAAUGCAAGUCAUCUAUGACGGACUCACAAAGCGAUCACUCCCUCCACAAACGGCCCGCGGCUUCACUAAUCUUGUUGAAGCCGGAUCUCGCUUUGUUUUCUCUGGCACAAGCACUUAUUGGUCAAACAUCGACACCAUGAAGUCGUACGUUAACGAGAUCUUAGCGCCAUAUUUUGAUCGUCGCAAGGUCGAAUUGAAGCUUCCACCGUCUCAAAAAUCGAUCUGGGCAAUCGAUGUCUGGCCCGUUCAGGCAUCAAGCGAGUUUCGUGGGUGGUUGGUUGAAAAUCAUCCCUCGAUUGCCUUCCAUUACAUUCCUGGCGGGACUACUGGUGUUUGCCAGCCGUUGGAUGUGGGUAUCAAUCGAGUCUUCAAGCACGCCAUCAAGCGAUCCGUUCAAGAAGACACAGUUAGAGAAGUGCGGGAGAAGAUGCGCUACACCAGAGAGGGUGCCAUCGAAUUUGAUCGCACAAAGCCGGUUUUACGUGGUCGCAGUGUUGGAUGGCUAUGGGACGCGUUCCAGAUUAUUUCAGAUGCUGAGCUGGUCAAGAAGGCUUUUGCGUUGUGCCAAGCCGGCGCUUUCAAUCUCUCCUAUGAAAGUCUGACAAGCUUCGAGAUUCGAGAGCGACUUCGAAAUCUGAAGGCUAAUGAUCCAGACUUCUGGGAGGAGUUGGAGUCGGGACGUCUCCGAGCCCUGGAACGACACAAUGCCGAGUUCGAGGCAACACAUCCCAGCAAUCCAGAGUCCUAUCUCUCGACUGAUCCGGAUCAAGACGAAGAUUUCGAGGACGACGCAGACAUCAGCACAGCAGCCAUCAAGGAGAAUGUUAUGCAGAGCUGUGGCGUUCCAGGAGAGCAAGCCCGGUUGACUUCGGAUGGAUGGGAAGCAGAGGAUAUCGAGAACAACACUGUAGACAACCCACCUGAGGACGGCGACCAGGGUGAUGGGCAGCAGAGAGGGCGUAGCAAGCGAAAGAUCAAGGUCCCACGCAAGUACUUGGAUUUUUGGCAUCAUUGA